CAUCUAUCUAUUAUUUUUCAUCAUCAUCAUCAUCUAUGGGUGUGUGUUUAUGCAAAUUAACAUCAACAUAGACAAUACAUGUAUCAAAAGUAAGUAGGUUGUUUACAAAUGAAUCAUCACAGAACCUAUGUGUGGGUGUGUGAGAGUGUCUAUGUGCGUGAUGGUGUAUAUUAUUCAUAAAGAGGUGUAACUAAACAAGCGACCGGCCGGGAUUUGUUUCAUUCAAUUGAUAUAUAUCUAUGGCUGCUGCCGUUGCUUCCUUGUGUUCAUCGUCAUCGUCAUCUUCUAAUAAUACUUGUUCCUCCCUUUCUCCUGCUGCUGCUGCUCCUCCUCAUCAUCAUCAUCCUUUUACUCCUAUUCAAGAAUGCGAAAGAGAAGGAAAGGAAGAUGAAGAAGAAGAAGAUGAUGAUGAGCAGAAGAAGCAAAACAGUGUAAAAUUAGCAACUGCUGGUACUUGUGGUACGCCACCACAUAAAAACAACAACAUUAAUUAUGUUCAUCAACCAACACCCCUCCAUUCCACCAAAAAAAAGAAGAGAUCCGAAACGUCAGAAGACCGAGGGGUAUCGUGCAACAGAUGUAGACCCAACAUCAGUAGUCGUGACAAAUUCUCCGUGGUUCCACUUGACACAACAACCACCGCCGGGCGUCUUUCCAUCACCAGCCCAAACGCUUUAUUCAAGUCCAUAUUCUCUUCUAUUAAUGUUGUUAAAAAAAGCCCCGCCUCAUCAUCUUCUUCUUCUUCUUCUUGUAAAUCUGCACAUCAAGGUUUGAUCACACCCCCUGCUUCGAAAUUGGAAUGGAAAAACCACCGAGCUGUAGCGGCGGAACUCUCUCAAAAACUCAUCCACGCUACCAAGAAACGCGACGAAGCUGUCUUGGAAGCUUCCCGCUUGAAGUCCUCUGUCACCCAACUCGAAAAGAAGCUCAACAAGCUCGAGAUUUACUGCCAUAAUCUGAGAUCUGGUCUAGAUGACUGCGCUAAUCAUCAUGAGCCAAGAAUCAAGAUUGGGGACCAGGACCGGGUGAUCGAGCACUUUCUAGUGGCGGUGUCCGAAUCCAGAUCGUCCAUGAGACAUCUCACCCGUUCCUUAACCCCCCAAACACAAGGACUUUCCGAUCGCAUACAUCAACACCUGCUGCUUCUUCAACCGCCGCCCACUAACCCACGGCUUUUGGUUUUCUACCUUGAAGCCCUUCUCAACAGGGCCUUUUUCCAAGAUUUUGAAUCCCCGGGCUUUUUAAGAUCCGGCCCCAAUCGUACUCUUAACCCCAUUCAUCGCUGCCAGUCCAAUUUCGACUCCUUUACCCGUUUAAAGGAGUUGACUUGGGAAGAGGUUUUAAACAAAGGCACCAAACAGUUCAGUGAGGAGUUCAGUAGAUUUUGCGACCGCAAAAUGAGUGAGGUUGUGACCAUCUUGGGGUGGACUCGCCCUUGGCCCGAACCCCUUUUGCAGGCCUUUUUCGGUGCAUCUAAAGCCGUGUGGUUGCUUCACUUGUUGGCUAAUUCCGUCCACCCGGGCCUGCCUAUUUUCAGGGUGGAUAAAGGAGUUCCGUUUGAUUCGGUUUACAUGGAAGAUUUUAUGGGUGCUGGAGACCAGUCAAAGAAGUCGCCUACGGUUCGGGUCAUGGUUGAACCCGGCUUCUACAUCUAUGGAAAUGUGGUCAAGUGCAAAGUCAUAUGCAGGUAUCAUAAUCACACUGCAGGGUUGACUAAUGUUUCUCCAAAUACUAACCAUUCAUAAUAAAAAUUACUCGUAUUAUUAGCAAGCAAAUGAUCAUCAAUAUCCAUUUUUCUUUAAUUUGUGUUUUCGAUUAUAGUACGUACAUGUUUAUGGUUUUGCCUUUUGGACUAUAUUUCUUUUAAUAUAAUGCAAGAUAGUUGUGUUA